AAGGCAGCAUUCUGCCUCUCUUGUCGCCAUAGUAACCACACGCCAUGUUGCACUAGAAGCAGGUUUGGCUCUUCGCAACGAUUCGGUUUUUGUGUGACUGUUUAGCCUCACUACAUCGCUACGGGAGUGGGGAGCCGCUGCUCUGUGGUAGCUGCUGACUCGACCUGCCCGCACACAACAGGUUGACGCUAAAAGUCCCGUUAUCUGCACCGAAAAUGCCUUUCCUGGUAUCAGACUACUGGUGGAGCCAGACCUACUCCACCGUCCACAUUAAUGUGCCUUUAAAAGGAGCGCAGGCUGGGAAUGUGGACAUCGUGUCUACAGACGAAUACCUCAAGGUGCAUUACCCACCAUAUCUGUUUGAAGCAUUCCUCUUUGAACCAGUUGAUGAUGACAGAAGCACAGCAAAGAUUGGAAAUGGAGUUGCAAUCAUCACUUUGCCAAAGAGGACCAAUAAAAUGUGGGAGCAUUUGAUGAUAACUACAAAUGAUAAAUUAAAAAAGAAAGACAUCAGAGAACAGGCUCUUUUGAAAUACCAGGAAAAGCUUUUUUCAAAGUCCAGAUCCCAGGCAGAGAAAAAGCAUGCAGAGAACAAAUAUGCAAUGGAGACAAUGAUGAAGCUUGAAAAGGAAGAAAGAGACAGCAUCCAGAAAAUGAAAGACACUGAGCGAGAGAAAACCACUGCAGAGCUGGUAGCAUGGCAGCUGAGACGCAAACAAAAAGCAGAGGAAGAAGCCCAAGUAAACUGCCAAAGUCAGAGGGACUAUCAAAACAAACUGGAAGCCAUGAGAGAGAACCAGGAUAACGGAUGUUUAGCUGGAGGAAAUGUCAACCUGGUUCAACGAAGCACCAGCGAAAAGUGCAAGAAAAAACAAGUGGACCUUCCUGCUCCAAGAUUCAGUGGAAAUAUUCAAGUCACAUUCACCCCAAGAGUUUUCCCAACAGCCCUCAGGGAAUCAAGAGUGCCAGAGGAGGAAGAGUGGCUCAGGAAACAAGCUGAAGCCACGAAGUCAUUCAGUGCAGAUGUUGAUGAGCUGAAAGACCUAAAGGAGGAGGACAGGAACCCUAACUGGUUAAAGGAUAAAGGAGACAAUUUUUUUGCGAUUGGAGACUACCUGAGUGCAGUAAAUGCCUAUAACCUGGCUAUCAGGCUCAACAGAAAGAUCCCUGCUCUGUAUUCAAACAGGGCUGCAUGUCAUCUGAAGUUAAGAAAUCUUCAUAAGGCCAUUGAGGAUUCCUCUCAGGCACUUGAUUUGUUGACUCCACCAGUUGCUGCCAAUGCCGCUGCCAGAGCCAGAGCCCAUGUCCGCCGAGGAUCUGCUUUCUGCCAGCUACAACUCUAUGCAGAAGGGCUACAAGAUUACGAAGCUGCUGUGAAGAUUGACCCUCACAAUGAAGUGCUGCAAUCAGACACACAGAGAAUACGAGACAUUAUUCAAGGCACUGCAGCUAAACAGGAAAUACAAUGAGACAAAAUAUAUUCUACAUACAUAUGUGGCUGUUUAUUUGCAUAAUUUGUGUCUUCCCCAGUCGUUUAAUAAAUGAAAACAGAGAACAAAGGCUGCUGCAUUAUGAAUAACCAUACAGUGAAAUAGUUGCUUUAAUCCAUGCUGUAGACAGUGAGACAGGCUCCAAGCCAAGAAAGUAUUUUAGUCAUAGACAUGAAACAUUAUGAAAAUGUGUUGGAGUGUCACUAUGUCUUACCAUAGAAUAUGAUGUAUAAUACAAGGGGGAGGCAUUCAUUAUGUGCUGAGCACCCUCAUGUGGUCAAAUGAUAUAUCUCCAAAAUGAAGUUUUACAUUGCAAAUUUUCAAAAUCAGUACGUACAUUUACACACAGCUACAGAGACUAGAAAAUGUUAUUGGGAUUAAAAGAA